UUGGCGACGAGGUGUCUUCUUGUAUACUUCUUUUUCUUUCAAUAUUUCUCGUCUAUCUCUUUGGAAUAGAACAUGGAUCUAUGAUCUGUUCUGCCGUUUAAUUGUCGUUGUUCAUCCAUGUGUUUUCACUGCUGAAGCAUCUUUUUUCUCCCGUUUGUAGCACGAGGCGUCGUGGAAGAUGCUGCGGAUUGAGUUGUUACAUUUCUCACUUUUCAUUAUCCGGUGACAUUCCAGUCUAAAAUAAAUAAGCAUCAUGUUUAUUCUCACAACCAUCUCCGACCUAGUCCAAAUUUCCCCUGAGGACUUUUCAAAACUUAGCGCGGUUGCAAUCGAGGAUAAUAUUAAUGAGAAAUAUGCUAAUAAGGUCAUCCAAAAUGUUGGCCUAUGCAUCAGUUUUUACGACUUGCUCGAGUCCUCUGAUGGCCUGAUUGGACAUGGCACUGGCCUUGUCAAUGUCAAUGUUAAAUUUCGAUUAAUUGUCUUCCGACCCUUCAAGGGCGAGAUUAUCCUGGGGAAAAUCACCAGUGGAACAGAGAACGGCAUUAAAAUCAGCCUUGAAUUCUUCAAUGAUAUCUUUAUACCCCCCAGCCUUUUACUGGACGGUGCUAGAUUCGACUUCGCCGACCAAGUCUGGAUCUGGGAUAACGGCGAAGGCGCAAUUUUCUACUUUGACAUUGGCGAGACGGUGCGCUUUCGAGUUGAGGCGGAGGAGUGGCAUGACCAGAUCCCAGACGCGCCUGAUGAUCAGGAAGGUGGGGCGGUUAUGGAGAGGAAGCCGCCGUAUUCUAUUAUUGGGUCUAUGCAGAUUGCGGGCCUGGGACUCGUUGCCUGGUGGUCAUAAGGAUUGCAGGUUCUAUAUGACUUGAUGGGACUGCAUAAGGGAUGAAACGGAUAUAAAAAUGAUUGCGAAUCCCCUACACGGGAUUGUUCGAUUGAGCGUUUUUCGUUUUUUAUGUGAUGUUAUUGAGUCCUUGUUCGCUAGAAUAUUCCUGUAGCUAUAUGCUCUACUAAAACUUUCCCUCUAGAUAAUUUUAGGUCCAGUUUUAUGCGAGAUAUAGAACAUCUAAUAUACGACCCUAUUUUAGUAGGACGAUUAUCUCUAUACUUUUUCACAAAUUUUCCCGCGCCCACUCCUCCGCCGUCAUCGCAUGAAUCCCCUUCCGGAAAUUCCACGUCUCCUCCAAAUCCCAUGCAACACCCUUCCCCGCCCCAAAAACAGCAUAGUACUUCAACAACGCAUUAUCGGGCUCCCUCUCCAACCUCUCCAGAACCUGCGGAACCGUCAAAACCGAUCUCUCAACUUCCCUCCCCGUAACCUUCACCACCAAAUCGGCCACCUGCGCAUAACUUAGCGUAUCCCCACCGACAAACACAGGCCCAUUAGCGCCCAGCAACCCGUCAUCGCCCAACACGAUCUCAGCUGUUAAUCUACCAAUAUCCGCCGGCGCGGUGACAGUCACCCGAUUCUCCCACCCGCCCAGCGCCCGCACCCUCGCACUCUCCCCCCUUGGUGCCGGCAGAUCCACAACGCCAAACCCCGCCGCGAACAAGAAACUCGUAAACAUCCCCGUGGACACCACGGUCCACCGCGUCGUCUCCUGCGCGCGCAGCAGCCCGCGCACAUCUAGCUGCUCGUCGAAGAGGUCGUGCGCGGAGCCGCGGCCGAUGGCGUCGUAGUCCACGCCGAACUGCCAGGGGAUGUAGAAGGGGACGCCGGCGGCGAGGACGGCGCGGGUUAUUUUCAGCUGGGUGCCGGGGCCCGCGACAAAGCCGGCGCAGCUGAUUAUGAGGUCGUAGGGGCGGAAGAGGGCGGUGAGGGUUUCGGGGGAGUCGGCGGCAAUGUCGCCUGGGACUAG